AAUGUGCCGACAAAAUAAUUUAAUCGUCGCUAAAAACAUUGAAGAGAAUAUUGAAAAGAAUAACUCAAUCAACAAAAACAAACAUGUAAUGAUAACUGGAGGAAAUCAGGGAAUUGGGCUACAAACAGCUUUAUUAUUAGCUAGUAGAGGUUGUUAUGAUAUAACAAUAGCUUGUAGAAAUCAGAGAAGAGCUGAGACAGCAUUGAAACAACUUAAGGAAAGAGCUGAACAAUCUAAUAAUUUUAAAAGUAAAUUCUCUUGGCUUUCUCUGGAUUUGUCCUCUUUGAGGAAUGUUGAAAUUCUGAUGGAAAGAAUUAAAAAAGAAAAAAUGUAA